UUCCGGCCAAUGGAAACCGCCGAUGGGAGCCUGAGAACGGAAGCUGAACCCUCCACCACUCAAAUCCACGAAAAAGGAUCCGUCGCCCGCCAUUCCCGGCCCAAUAAUCCUAAAACCACCCUUGGAGAUUCGAACACGAAGGCCACACAACGUAACUCCACCAGAAAUGCACACCACAAAAUCCCUGGAAGUCACGCUCAGCCCGGAAAAAGGCACCGCAUCGAUUCUGUUGACGACAAACCACACUGCUAUCUGCCACAUCACCCGGUGCUCAAGGAAGCCAGCAAAACCACCAAUGAACGCGUGGUAUUCGACGCAUCCUGUGAGCCCAAUUCAAGAUACGCGCUCAACGAUACGCUGCUCGUCGGUUCCGUCGCUCAACACAGUCAGCUGUCCAACACGCCUUCAAGCGCCGCUAAGGUCAACGACAAAGGAGAAGACGCUGCCUGUGAAUCCUGCUGCUACUUUGUCCCUUUAGCCAAGCAGCCGUCAGUUACCUGUCUGGGGUUAUGCGCACCUGUCCUGCCAACGGAAUUCCGCAUACCAAAGCCGCCACGACAUCGUUGGAGAACUAUUGCUGCUAAUCGGUUAACUGCUAUCCAGAAGGAUACUGAUGGGCUCAGUAGGAGACGCGUUCCGGAAGUGCACAUCACAGCUAGUGAACUGUCCAGGUAUCUACAUUCCUCCAACUUCCCCGAAAACCCUGCAUGGCAAUCGUCGUUAUUGGAAAACUGGCCCUGUUCCGCCACCUCACGGCCACUCGAUCGCUCUACAAGACUUCAUCAAGGUCGAGAUGGAGUCAUUCAGUCAGCCAAGCGAGAUUGUCAUCUUAUUCACCGCCAGCAGUCAACAGGUCAACGUGACAACCCCCGACAACUAGUACAAGCUACAAAGACCGGUAGAGCACGCCGAACGUGCUCAACGCGCUUAUAGAGCGCUAAAAGGUGAUUAGCGUUCCUAUAACUUUACUCCAACCGUUCGAUCUACCGGGUCUUUGUUGCUUACAGAUCCAUGUUCUACUAAUUUCACCCAUUUGCGGUAUUUUCAUCGAGAUCAAUCUACAAAGACCGGCAGAGCACGCCGAAUGUGACUCACUGCGCAUGUCGAGCGCUAAUAGGUGAUUAGCGUUCCAAAUUGUCACAUUUUCUUGUUCGAUCUACCGGUUCUUUGUCGAUUACAGAUCCUUUCCUACAUUAUUGCUAUAUCGUCACCGAGCAUUCAUCGCCAUGCACCAAGCCACGUCAGAAGCCGAAUCUUCUAAGACCGGUAGAGCACACCGAACGUUGCUCAACGCGCUAAAGGGGCGCUAACAGAUUCUGCACCAGUGCCUAAGUUGAGACGAAGCAGGUUCCUCGAUGUGCGACGUGCCAGUUGUGCCUUCGAAUCCAGCCGAAGUAGUGAACAGCUGCCUUUCCGACGCAAAGAUGGUUCAUGUCGGGUCCAAUCGUGUCUCUUGGUCCAACCGUGUACCCUGGCCCAACCGUGUCGCAUGGUCCAACCGACUGAGGAGCCCGCAAUCAAUUGGUCCGAAAUUGGUUGAAACAGCAGUUUCAAGGUGGCCGGAAUGAUCGGUACUGUACCGAUCAGGAAAUAGCAUCUAAGUUUUUGUUUGUAAUAUGUGUCUAGUUUUAUGUUCACUUGACACUUUAAUCCAUUUGCUCGCAAACACCACUUUCUGUACACGUACCCUAGCAUUAAUAUGUACUCUCUCGCAACAUAAGAACU